CACUCCUCCUUUUAUCCUUCCGGAGCUCCUCCGUGGGAUUCGAGACCGGACUUUUAUUUUGAUACGAUGGCGUGACGUCACGAGGCUGCGUCGCGCUCCUGCAUUUGUUGUGAUUCUGCUGAAGAAAGCUUAAACAGAACAGUGUGUGCAAACAUACAGAAAAACUCCUGCUGAAGCGACUGAGAUCCACGUGACACUAUUAUAAAGAUGGUGUUUAUUAAAGAGGAGAAUGAAGAGGCAUUCAAACAUGAAGAUACUGAGGAACAAAUAGACCUGAUGCUGCUGAAAGAGGAGAGUCAAGAACUGCAUGAUGUAAAGGAAGAGAAACAUCUGUAUGAGAAACAUCAUGAUUUCAUAACUGCAAACGAUAUUUUAGUUGCUCAGACUAAAAAGGUUUUCUCGCGAAAAAGGGCGCAAACGACUAGAUCUAGAAGUUAUCGCACCUGCCAACAGUGUGGAAAGAGUUUCGCCAGAAAAGGAGGACUUAACGUUCACAUGAGAAUUCACACUGGAGAGAAACCUUUCACCUGCCCUCAGUGUGGAAAGUGUUUUAUUGAAAAUGGAAACCUUACAAAACAUAUGAGAGUUCACACUGGAGAGAAGCCUUACACAUGCGCUGAGUGUGGAAAGAGUUUCACUAGAAAUGGAAGUCUCAAAGUCCACAUGAGGAUUCACACUGGAGAAAACCCUUACACAUGUCAACAAUGUGGAAAGAGUUUUACUCAUAAAGCAACAAUUAAUGCCCACAUGAGGCUUCAUACUGGAGAGAAGCCUUACAUGUGCCCUCAGUGUGGAAAGUGUUUUAAACAUCAAGCAACCCUUAAUGGCCACAUGAGAAUUCACACUGGAGAGAAGCCGUUCAUAUGUGAUCAGUGUGGGAAAAGGUUCAGAAGUAAAGUAAACCUUAAUUGGCACAUGAGGAUUCACUCAAGGGAAAACUGUUUUAAAUGUCAUCAGUGCGUAAGGAGUUUCACAGACAAGAAACACCUUAAGAAUCACGUAAUAACUCACAUCGGAGAAAAGCCUUUCAUGUGCCAUGACUGUGGAAAGAGCUGCACAAACAAAGGAAACCUUAAGGUUCAUUUGAGAACUCACACUGGACAGAAACCCUUCACCUGCCAACAGUGUGGAAAGAGUUUCACAGUUAAAGGAAACCUAAAGACUCACAUGAGGAUUCACACUGGAGAGAAGCCAUUCACAUGUGGUCGGUGUGAAAUUAGUUUCACAUAUAUCACAGACCUGAAACGUCAUUUGCAAUCUCAUUCUGGGAAGAAAUUGCAGUGUUCCUCAGUGUGACGAGGUUUACAAAACUGAGCAAUUUCAAAAAUCACCUGUGUAUUCCAGUGUCGGGCAGUAGCGUAGCUGUUUUCUUGAUCAAAAACAGAGCUUCGCUACUGAAAAUCUAUUUGAUUAAGUAGCGCGGUAGCGUCAACAAAAGCUAAUAUUACAUUUUCCAAAGCAUUUCAGAGGCUUCAAGCUCAAAUCGAAAAUAUAAUUGCUUAGGAUCACUGAUCCUGGAUCAGUAAGUGACGCCACUGCCACUAAACCUCAUAACGCCAUUGGCUCCUCAAACUGUCAUUCAAACCUCAUUAUUCCUCCCGCCUCUCAAAUGAAAUGCAGUGCGUAUUUUAGAGCAUCUCCGCUUGUUUGCAGUCCGAAGGUAAAUCAAGAACUGUUGAUUGAAUAAGUACAGCGGUUUCUUUACUCAAGAAUCACUAUAUUUAUAAAGGCUAAUGUUUUUUGUAUUUGAGGAGCGGAGAAGAGUGUCUUAGUCUAGCAUUUGUUGUCGAGUCAAAUAGCUUGUGCAAAUCGCUUAAUCUUUUAUAAAAUGAUAUUUUGGCGAAAUAACAGAAAAAAACUGAGCGCCCACAUGGCGACAGAAAACUGUAUAACCUGCAAGUUCAUGAAAACGUAUGUGAUGCAAGUACUGCCUCUGAUGUGGCGGUAAUGACGGGAAAAAACAUUCGCUGGUCAAAAAUUUCGUAUUUGAACUUGAUCUUGGUAAAAUGUUAAUAAUAUAAUGACACAUGCAACGAUGCAAAUAAACGUAGCCUAUUUGUAGGCCUAUACAUUUAUAUGGUAACACUAUACAAUAAGAUAUCAUUAGUUAAUGUUAGCUAAUGUUCUAACGUGAACAAACAAUGAACAAUACAUUUAUUACAGUAUUUAUUCAUCUUUGUUAAUGUAAAUGAAUGAAAAUACAGUCGUUAAUUGGUAUGUUCAUGUUAAUUCACAGUGCAUUAAUGUUAAACAAUUUUUGAUUUUAAUAAUGCAUUAAAUUGAAAUUACCAAUAAGAUUAAUAAAUGCUGUAGAAGUAUUGUUCAUUCUUAGUUCAUGUUAACUUAUACACGCUCACUAUUGAACUUUAUUGUGAACUGUUACCAUUUAUAUAUAUAAAUCUGUAUACAAUAAAGCCACAAUACCAAUUUUCUGCAUAGCUGUGUUUAUUAUUGAAGGUGCCAUAGAAUGGAAAACUGUAUUUACCUUGGUAUAGUUGAAUAAUAAGAGUUCUGUACAUGGAAAUGACAUACCGUGAGCCAGUGGUUGACUGGCCAUCUACAGCACCAGGAGUUUUCCCGGUGGCCGCUGUACAAUGUUGGCUGGCCCAUUGUGUAAAUAUAAAGAAUGGAUUAUAGUAAAUGUAGGUUACGUAGCCUAUACAUGUCCAUCAGCCCAGACAAAUGGCCCUUUUCGAAUUUCUCAGAUUUUAAUGCCGUUUACAUUAUUUGCCAGUGUACAUAGAAACACUAACGUAGCCUUUUUCAGCGGACAAAAGAUAAGAGUGAAUGUUUGUCGUUAUAUUUCUUCUGUAAUUUUACGUGUCUAAGAAAAUGUUUCAAAAAAUUGUAAAAAUAUAAUUCUCAAACUUACUCUAGAACAUUGGAAAUCUGAAAACUUUUGCUUUCAAGUGCCGUGAUUAGGAAAGUUCUAAAGAAGAUUUUAAUGUAAACGUUUUAAUGGUUUAAUGUUUGAGCUAAAUGAAAUAUUUCUGUGAUCAAAGCAGUAUUUUCAGCAUCAUUACUCCAGUCUUCAGUGUCACAUGAUCCUUCAGAAAUCAUUCUAAUAUGCUGAUUUGCUGCUCAAUUAAUUUCAAUUAUUAUUUGUGCUCAGUUAUUAAUAAUGGUUCCUAUUAUUAUAAAUACUGAAAACUGUUUUUGAUUCUUAAUAUUUUUGUGGAAACGGUGACACUUUUUCAGGAUUAUUUGUUGAAUACAAAGUUAAAGAACAGCGUUUUUAUAUAUAAAUAAUUUUUAUAAGUAGCCAAUAUAUUUACUGUUACUUAAAUCAAUUUAAUGCAACCUUGCUGAAUAAAAGUAUUGUUUUUUGUUAACUCCAGACUGAAUGGUGAUGUAUCACAGUUUCCACAAAAAUAUGAAGCAGCACAAUUGUUUUCAACGCUGAUAAUAGUCAGAAAUGUUUCUUGAGCAGCAAAUCAGCAUAUUCGAAUGAUUUCUGAAGGAUCAUGUGACACUGAAGACUGGAGUAAUGAUGCUGAAAAUUCAGCUUUGAUCACAGAAUAUAUAAUUAUAUAUAUAACUGUGAGCCUCAAACACCUUUGUUUCCUCCUUCUUAUGUAAAUCUUGUGCAUGCAAAAGACCACUGAAAAAGAAGCGAAUCCCAACAUAACACCGACUGUGACGUUACAGUCGGGAUCAUUAAUGUUUACACCUCCAACAUUUGCGUAACGUAUACCAGCCCAUGUUCUAGGCCAGCCGGACCUGCACAGCUGAAUCAUCGAUGCAGUGUUGCCAGAUAUUGCUAUUAAAACAAACAAAAACCAAUAAAUUAAUAAAAAUAAACUGAAAUUAUUUCAAAUCAUUUGCAAUUAAGAUCAGAUAAAGAUAUCACUGACCCUAAACUGCAACAUCCUACUAAUUUUCUACACAAGUCCAAAGAUGCUUAUAACAGCUGGAUCUGGCAACACAGCCGUGCCCUCACUCACAACUCUCUCUCAAGCCUCGUUCAUUCCACCAGCGUCUCGCAGUGAUCAUGUUCAUACCACAGAUGCUAAACAUUCUUGCAAAAUCUCUCAAAAUCUGUAUCUUCGUCUGAUACAGGCUCAAACAUAUAAGGUUGGAUGCCUAAUCUCUCCAUCGUUCACGGACAGUAGAGAUCUGUUUGCUGUGUGAGCUGUGAAACAGGCAAUCAGAGCAGAGCUCUAGAUUAUUAUUCAUGACCCUUCCAAGGUAAUAACAGACCAUUUCAUUCUAGGGACAAAUCCUAGGGUUGUAAAUGCACAUGUAAAACCAUUUCUGGAGAUUUUUUACCCUUACCUAAGCCACAUACCUUCUAUGUAGACAUCAGAGAACAAUUUAAAAUAUUGUAUUAAUGCAUUCUAUGGCACCUUUAAUUAAAAUGCAGUAUUUAUUUGUUUUGUUUUUUUUAAUUUCCUGAAAAGUAAAAGUUUAGGCCAUAGGAGGUUUCUGGCCGAAAGCAAAAAUGUAUUUUGCCUAUGUCGCAAUAUGAGGUAAAUCCGGCCAGUACAUGAUACUUAUUUUUGUUGCCAAAUUGGUUUGGAACAGUUGAAUAAACAACUAAACUGAACUAUUAUGCUUGUCUAUCUGCUUGACUGACAGCUUUAUUGAUCAUCACUGAGAGAACAUUGACUUUUAGAUGUAGAAAACUACUUUCGCCAUGUUACCAUAGCUUAGCUUGCUACAUUUCCCAGGAGGAUAGCUUUACCCUGUGUCCCAAUGUGCAUACUGUCCACCCUAUCUGCCCUAAAUAGUAUUUAAAAUUACUACUAUCACAUAGAAUAUAGGAUGGAUAGUGAUUGCA